UCCAAAUGCUUAACGGUACCUCCGGUUUCACGCUCCGACACUCUGCGGCAAGCCAAUCACAGCGCGACAGGUAUACCAGGGCCGGAAGACUUGUGGCUCGUUGAUCGCAUCCCUCUGCGUGUGUCACGACGAAACCACUGGCUCGCAGUUGUUCACAGAUCGUUUCAAGUGCGGACGCGACGGACACGCGGACGGACAAUUGUUGUUUUAGCACAACGGAAAGAGCAAAGGAUAUUUCCGUAACACAAAAACACAUACACAGGAUGAUGCUGCACGGCACUCCCACUUGUCGGUUGCUUCUGCUGGCCCUAUCUGGCCUGGUUCUGUUCCUGAUACCGUACAGUGCCGCCCUCAGAGAAGGCGACUGCGAAGUGUGUGUGAAAACGGUCAGCAGAUUCGUGGACAGUCUUUCGGAGGAUGCGAAGAAGGACACCAAACGGAUAGAGGAUGACUUCCGGGCGUUCUGCAAAAAGGUCAAAGACAAGGAGCAGCGCUUUUGUUAUUACUUAGGAGGUGUUGAAGAUUCGGCCACGGGUAUACUGAACGAGCUGUCGAAGCCGAUCAGCUGGUCGAUGCCGGCUGACAAGAUCUGCGAGAAGCUAAAGAAGAAGGAUGCACAGAUUUGCGAUCUUCGAUACGACAAACAAAUAGACGUGAAUGCCGUCGAUCUGAAGAAGCUGAAGGUGCGGGAUCUGAAGAAGAUUCUCUCCGACUGGGACGAAGAGUGCGACGGGUGCCUGGAAAAGACUGAUUUCAUCAAGCGUAUCGAGGAGCUGAAGCACAAGUACGUCAAGACGGAACUGUAACACCGUCGUCCGGACAGAUUAGGAUCUCGCUAUCGUCGUUGUCACAACGUCGUCCUGCAUCAUCCCUCUCAUACCACCGGAUGUUAAAUUAUUACGUCGACAGCUUGCGGCACGGAUGGGCCUCCGCGUUUCUAGACCGUACAUCCGCCCGAAAGGUGGACUCGUGUUCACAGCUCCGAUAACCGGUAGUAAUAGGCAAACAAUGAUACGACCGUUCCGCGAAGUGGUGAAGCAAAGCGAAAAAAUAAGCAAAAAUUAAAAUAUAAAAAGUGAGU